AUGACGUCUCAACCACAGUCCCGUGCUGCAGAAGCAGAGAUAGAAGCGCCACCACGUGGGCGUUGGGCGAACGUCGUUAAUCGCUUGCUAUGGACGCCCCCGUGGCUGAAAUGGGACUCGAGCGCGAACCACGAUUUAACAUGGGCCCAAAAUAUCAUCUUUGGCUUUGCUGCGGCUUUCAGUGUCGCUAACUUAUACUACAAUCAUCCAAUCUUAAAUGUCCUGGCGGAGGAUUUCAAUGUCACAGAUGAGCGUUCUUCGCUUGUCCCGACCAUUAUGCAAGCCGGCUACGCAGCAGGGCUCUUGUUCGUAAUUCCAAUCGGGGAUAUAGUUCGCCGGCGGCCGUUAAUUCUAGGAUUGAUAUUUGUUACAGCCGUUCUGUGGCUGGGGUUGACUUUGACUCAUUCCUUCGAAGUUUUCCUGGGUAUAUCAUUCCUCGUGGGAAUGUUAACUGUCACACCUCAGCUCAUGUUUCCAUUGGCUGUACAAUAUGCACCACAACGCCAUCGUGCAACCAUGAUCUCAAUUGUUAUGUCGGGCUUGGUCUUUGGUAUACUCAUAGCCCGUCUGCUGUCUGGUAUCAUCACUCAGUAUAGCUCGUGGCGUAGUGUCUAUUGGAUGUCGUUUGGACUUCAAAUUGCAAUUUUCACGUUGCUUUUUUGUUACAUGCCAGAUUAUCCAAUCCUUCGACCGGAUGGCUCUUACCUGCUCUCUCUGCUCUCGAUUGUCAAGAUGCCAUUUAAGCAUCCGAUCUUGACACAGUGCAGUCUAAUCGCUUUUUUCACCAUGGCCAUGUUCACCUCAUUUUGGACGACUUUGACCUUUCAAUUAGCUGGUCCGCCUUUCAACCUCUCGACUCUGACAAUCGGUCUUUUUGCUCUUAUUGGCAUAUCACCCGUCUUCCUCAACCCAGUUGUGUCUCGGCUUCUAACGUCCCGCAUCCACACUAGCGGGACGUUGAUUAUCGCUAUCAUUGUGACCGAGGCCGCGGUCGUCAUUGGUACAUUUGUAGGAACUUUUUCCUUAGCAGGUCCCGUAAUUUGGGCCUUCUUUGGAGAUCUGGGGAUGAACACCAUUGUUGUUGCAAACCGAAUGGCAUUUGCCAAUGUUGAUACCAAGGCCCAGAAUGCAGUGAACUCUGUCUACAUGGUUUUGACGUUCUGUGGACAGCUUUUUGGGACAGCUGUAGGAAAUAAACUCUAUGCUUCGGGUGGUUGGAUACACAGUGGCGCAUUGAGCAUCGGUCUAGUGGAAAUAACAUUAAUCUUAAUCCUCAUAAGAGGUCCACAUGAGAAGGGCUGGAUCGAAGAGAAGCCUCAGGAACGCCCUGGCCAAGAUGUCGAGGCUGCACCAAGUCCUGCAACAAAUGGAUUCGAGAAGUCUGAUGCUCCUUCUGGGCAAUCAGAGGCGGCUGGGGAUGCGACAUCGGUAGCCCGGAGCUAA